UGUUAGAUCGCGAGAACACGGAUGUGGUAUUUGAGACUGAACAGAAGUGCAGUCUGUCAGUCAGGGAGGAGACCUGCUGGAUUUGACGGACCAGGACCACUACAGGAACGGCAUGGAGGAGAACCAGAACCCGGAGCACCGCACCGACAACCCCGUUAAAGAGGAAGAAUCAGGCUCACCCUCUGCUACCACCGAUAAACAGGGGAUAGAUAACUCUGGUUCACACUCCAACAACAUAGUAGGUGUCAGUAAUGUGCCUCAGUGCUGGUCGCCACCCGACAUAAAAGAGGAAAGAGAAGAACAAUCUGUCAGUCAGAGAGGAGACCUGCUGGAUUUUACCGCCCAGGACCACUACAAGAACGGAAGGGAGGAGAACCAGAACCUGGAGAACCAGAGUCCGGAGCACUGCACCGACAACCCCGUUAAAAGGGAAGAAUCAGGCUCACCCUCUGCUGCCACCGAUAAACAGGGGAUAGAUAACUCUGGUUCACACUCCAACAACAUAGUGGGUGGCAGUAAUGCACCUCAACACUGGUUGCCACCCGACAUAAAAAAGGAAAAAGAAGAAGAAGAGGAACAGUCCAUCAGUCAGAGAGGAGACCUGCUGGAUUUCACCGACCAGGACCACUACAAGAGCGGAAUGGAGGAGAACCAGAACCCGGAGCACCACACCAACAACCCUGUUAAAAGGGAAGAAUCAGGCUCACCCUCUGCUACCACCAAUAAACAGAAACAAACAAGAAGAAAGGGACUCAAACAUCACUGCUGUCAGCACUGUGACAAAGCCUUCAGGACAUCAACAUAUUUGAAGAUUCAUCAGAAAGUUCACACAGGAGAAAAACUUCACAGGUGUGACCAGUGUGGGAAAACUUUCACUACAGACAGUAAUCUAAAAAGCCACCAACGCACUCACACUGGAGAGAAGCCAUACUGGUGUGAGUACUGUGGGAAAACUUUCUCUCAAGACAGUAAUCUAAAAAGCCACCAACGUAUCCACACUGGAGAGAAGCCGUACUGGUGUGAGCAAUGUGGGAAAACCUUCACUCAAGACAGCAAUCUAAAAAGCCACCAACGUAUUCACACUGGAGAGAAGCCGUACUGGUGUGAGCAAUGUGGGAAAACCUUUACUCAAGACAAUAGUAACCUAAAAAGCCACCAACGUAUUCACACUGGAGAGAAGCCGUACUGGUGUGAGCAAUGUGGGAAAACCUUCACUCAAGACAGUACUCUAAAACGCCAUCAACGCAUUCACACUGGAGAGAAGCCGUACUGGUGUGAGCAAUGUGGGAAAACCUUCAUUACAGACAGUAAUCUAAAAAGGCACCAACGCAUUCACACUGGAGAAAAAAACGUACUGGUGUGAACAAUAUGGGAAAACUUUCGAUGAUGGUAGUUCCGUAAAAACCCACAAAUGCAGUCACUCAGCAUCGUGUUGAACAUGUUUUAGAGGCAGGUUAGUGGUGUCCUCCUGUCUCCUCUCCAUGCCUUUAGUAACCGUGUUGUUCUAUUCUGAGCUUCUCUACAAACUGAGGGCCACAAAAUCUAAGUUUAGAAUCAGCAUGUAUGCCAUUAGCCGCUCAGGUGACCACAAUUUCAGCUCAAUGAUUGGUCAUAGUUCACUUCUACUCUGAAAGUUUUUUUCAUUUUUUACCUUGAGUUGUCAUGUUGAUCCAAGUUGUAGAAGUGCUCAAAGUGUGAGUCACGUAACAUCGUCAAUGGGGAAAAAUUAACAGCGUUUUUAUGCCUGAAAUAGCUCCUCUCAGCUUGCAAAUCUGUACUAGAGAUGCAUCGAUUGAAAAUGGCAGGUUUUCAGCUGAUCAGCCAUGACAGUCUUAUAUUCGUAUCACGCACAUAGCUGCACUAUGGUUCAAGAAAGAUCUUCUUUCUUUCUUAUUAAAUUCUUAUAAAGGAAAAAAAAAAACAGAAUUGGCAAAAAUCAGAAUUGGCAGGUCUGACUUUUAAAAAAUUGAAAAUCAGAAUCGUUCUAGAAAAUUGCAAUCGAUGCAUCUUUACUCUAUACUGCUCUGUGCAUGUAUGUAUAAUUUUGUUUUUGGUUGUUAAACUUACUAGUACAGUGCCCGUUCGAAACUUGCCUGUUCGGAAUGGGCCAAUUUCUCAAUACCCCGAGAGAACAGUCCCCUAAACACCUCUCAUGCAGACUAUCGGUAGAUGCAACAAUUUACCGAUGUUCCCUAAAUGCCUCAAAUGCAGGCUAUGCAUAGAUGCUACAAUUUACCAUUGUUCCUUAAACGAUUCUCAUGCAGACUAUCGGUAGACACAACAAUUUACAUUGGUAAAUUGGUAAUUUACAUUGGUAAACGUCUCACAUGCAGGCUAUUGGGAGACUACAAUUUUGAGCUGAGCUGAAGUUGAUCGGAUGAACUGCAGUGCUAAUUCAAAAUGCGCCUGAGACACCCUGCACUAUGUUUGCGUGAGGAACGAGAAUAGUAGAGCUUCACUCUCUGAACUUUUUCAAUGCAUUCUCUUUAGUAGUUUUUAUCACUAUGGAUGUCAUCCCCCCUCAGACCACAAUGUGGGUUGCAAUGGCAGAGUGGUGCUGUCCGUAUUUACACUUGUUGACUCCACGGGCAGAAGAAGCAAAUCCGUGUUGUUUAUGAGGUAUUUUUAUAUAUUUCUCGAGAAUCCCUCAUCCAAACUACUUCAGACUAGACACUGCUCUUCCGUGGGUCCUCAGCAAUACACCUGCCAAGUGUCAAGUCGAUUGGAUGAACGGUUGUCGAAAUACGCAAAGCACACAUAACGCACAACAGACAGACAUACAGAGAUUCGUUCCUUUAUAGUUAGAUGGGAUUGAAUAUUGGUAAGGGGCCUUGUUAGGUUUCCAGUGAGACAUCUAAAUAUACCUACCAGUAAAUGUUUUCUUUCUUGUGUCAAGUUUUUCUUAAUGAUCUUUAGUAUUUAUAUUAAUUUACAUUGGUGUCAUUUUUUAUUAUUGAAUGUUAUUUUGAAGCAGUUAAAACACCUGAUAUUGCAUCUGACCAUUUUUGUUAGUGUGUUUUUUUAUACUUCAUUGCAAAAGUUUACGUAGAUUUACAUUUGCUUACAUAUGUUCAUACUUUCAUUCAUACAAGCAUUCUUUAUUUAUAUAUUUUAUAGUGAAAAAAAUGACAGUAAAAAAAUGAAGUAAAAUAAAAAGGAGGAAAAGAAUGAGGGGGAAAACGUAGGCAAUAUGGAGCACAUACAUAUAUCCAGUAUACUGUACAUAUACAUGUAUAAAAACACUUAUAUACAUACACAUCUGUACAAACCAACAGACAUACACAAAGAAAAUAGUUAAAGCAAAUAAAUAAAUAAAAUUAAAAAUUAGCUCACUGUUUAAGUAAUUUAUCCAUGUCAAAUAUUUGAUUUGAUUACGUCUUUGACUCUUCAAACUCUUCAAGGUUGAAUCCUUAUUUUAUAGCUCGGCAUCUGCCUCCUUUCAGAAUAAAUCCUUUAAUGUUUUUUAAUUGUGAUCCACAUAUUUAAUCCCUUUAUUCCACCAUUUCAAAUAUUCUAGUUCUUCAUUUCUGAUUCAACAAGUUAUUCUUGCCAUUUUUAAAAUGCUGUUUACAUUUGACUUCCAGUUGUUAUAUGAUGGUGGAGUAGGUUUUAACCAGUUCCUCAUUAUCUGUUUCAUAACUGCAAUUCUAAGUAUCCUUUAGAGGUAU